GGCCGGUGGGAGGGGAGGGGGGCGCCUGCUCAACUGUCCUCCCAGCGCAGCAGCCGCGAUCGCAUCUCGGGGCGGGGGUCUCCAUGGGCUCUGCUGCCCCUCUUCUGGCGGGGCUCUGCUGCUGAGAUGCCCCCGGGCGGGCGGUGGGCAGCGGGGCAGCACCUUCCUUCCCUCCUCGGGGCCAGCGGGAUGGCCUCCUCCUCCUCCUCCCCCUCCGGGCAGGGGUCUCCGGGGGCCGCCGGGCUGCUGCGGGGGAGCCGGGCGCGGUCUUACGGCAGCCUGGUCAGCUCGCCGGUGCGCGAACGGCGGCUGGAGCACCAGCUGCGCCCCGGAGACACCCUACAGGGCCUGGCUGUCAUGUACGGGGUGACGACAGAGCAGAUCAAGAGGGCCAACCGGCUGUACACCAACGACUCGAUCUUCCUCAAAAAGACUCUCUGGAUCCCCACCAAGCCCAAGGCUUUGUCCAACGGACUGAACUUCGAGGAUGAGGAGGAGGAAGAAGAGGAGAAGGAAGGGGAGGGGGAGGCCGUCCCCCCAGAGUCGACCAAGAAGCAGAAGCAGCCCCGGAAGAACGGAUCUUCGGGGGGCUCCGUCCCUAAACACGACCUCUCCGCCGCCGAUUUCCUCUUCAAACUGGAUUCCGAGAUCCGCCGAUCGAAGCAGUUGGCGGCCAAGAAGCUGCGGGAAGGGGAGAGCGGGAUUUUGGGGGAUGCAGCGGGAACGGACCCCACGCCUUCCUCGUCCGGCUCCUACCAGGGCGAGCCUUCGCCCCAGACACAGCAGCGGGCGCUUCUAGGCCCCGUGCCCCUCACCCGGAUCGCCCGUGCCGAUGCUCUGCACGACCAGGAGGAUGAAAUCUUCAAGCUCUGAGACCCUCACCC